AUGUCUCCAUUUGAAGACUGCACCCGUUGGGUGGCGGACUUGGAGAGGAAGUACAAGUGCCCGUGGUGCGGGAAGGGAUUUAGACUCUCCGUCCAUCUGAAGGACCAUGUAAGGACACACACAGGCGAGAAGCCCUAUCAGUGCCAAAUUUGUCAGAAGGAUUUCACUCAGCGCUCUAAUCUGAGGACACAUCUCAGCAAGAUCCACAAAGAGCAGCUUGCCUACAUUAAAAACAGAAAAAGUAGAGGUCCCAAAUUUCCUGUGAAACACGAGUUCUUGCCCAGCAUGGUUUCUACCAAUAGUGAGAGCUGUGGCAGCAGUGGUAGUGGAGGUGGUAGUGGAAGUGCUGGUGGCAGCUGUGGCAGUGGUCUAUCCCACUCCCCUGCUGAGAUGAAGAAACUUGUGAUUGCAUCUGGUGAUCCAAAGCCCAUCCUCCCCAAGCCACAAGGAACGGAGCCUUCAGUAAUGCCUUUCCUCUCUAAAGAGACAGUCAGUUUUCUGCAAAAAGAUGAACUGACUGUUUUAUACAAGGACAAGAGUCCAGGAAUGGAAACAAAUCGAAGAGUUUCCCUGCCUCAACUUGUACUACACCAGCCCCACCAGGACGGAGAACCACAGGUUUUCCCUGUUGACCAAACCUUCGCUGAAUUUGAAGGCAAUUCCACCCCCAAGAAAGACUCCACAAACCAGCCUUUCUUAGGUAAGGAAGCUGCAAUCAAGUCCCCUCAGAAGGAGACCCUACUGAAGGCCCUUCUGCUCAAGGGCUCCUCAGGGGGCUCAGCUUGCCCUAAUGAGGUCCCUCCAGGUGUAAUGCGACAGGUCAUCCCUUCAUCCUUGGCCUCUUCACUUACCCCAACCCUUGUCACUACCCCUACCCUUGUCACUACCCCCUUGUCUUCUGCUGGCCAGAAUCUUCAUUCUCUUUCUUCCUCAGUGGCAGUGACCCUUGCCUCAUCUAUUUAUAAUCCUCCAGAAGAAGUGCUUCAGCCAAUAUUUGUCAUGGAUUCAUCCAAAGGCCUCUCUCCUCUGAUUCGUUGCUCAAAGGAUGUAUCUGUCUCCCAUGGGGAUCUCCUUUCCCCAGGGAGGAAGGGCGAGUCAUUUGUAGUGAUAGAGGCCUCAGGGGUUGCCCCCCAGGAAUCGACUCCAGUUGCUGUAGACUCUCAGGAUCAACCACAUAUGACAGAUGAGAUGAGAAUCCUGUUGCAGGCAGUGCAGAUUCGGGUGUCCCAAGACCAGGGUCAGCCCAGCACUCCAGGCAGUCCUGUGAUGGUAAAACCCCCCACCAUAGGCCCCACUGUCACCACUGCCUCACUACCAGUUGUAAGUCACACAUUGGCUGUGCCCACUCCCUCAGGGCCCCCUCUCACACCUGAUGCUGUUCUUAGACAACGCAUAUCCCGCUCAGUGCCAGACAAGGAUGCCAGCAGAAAGAAGAACCCCAGCCAUGUUGUGCCCUUAAAGAAAUCAAAUCACAGUCCUGAAACACUCAGCAAACAAGGCUACAAUAAAGACCAAGAGCUAUACACUAUGCCUGCCAAGGGCAUCUCCGAGAAGGGAAAGCCUUUACCCUUCCUGCGGCAGCUUCCCAUAUCACAAAUGCCUGCUUCUUUGUCACACCCACAUUCUCUUGGCCCUAAACCCAUCCUCUCCUCUACCCUUCCACCUCAUACUGCUCCAGCUUCCACUCCAACACCAUCUCCACCACUACCACCCCCUCUUCCCCUGCCACGCCAUCAUAGCCUCACCAAUCAAUCAGCCUCCUCAACAGCAGUGUCACCCACAACCUCCAUUACAACACCUUCCUCUGGGGACAGGAGGAGGCCAAGUGGCUACCACAUACCCCUAAACAAAAGUGUCUAUAAACUUGGUGACAAACAUGAGAAAACCAGCAUCUCUAGAGUGAGGGAGAUCCAUGGAGAAAAUGAAUCUGUGCCUGACCAUAAAUAGUUGAACAGAAGUGUGACAUUGCCUCCUUGUGAAUUUGCUGAGUUAGUAUAUGUUAAAAAGGAAAAUUUGAAGUACAGAUUUUUUACCCUAUCUUGUGCCUUUCUUUAUUGUUUGAAGCUGAUGCAUUGAAUGUAACAUAACUAAUAUAAUGUAAAGAGUU